AUGUCAAAGCGGCCUUCCAAACGUGCAGCGUUUUCAGUGGAAAGUUUACGAGAAGAGGUUGAGCAGGAAGUAAAGCAAGACGCAGUUGAUAAAAAAAUAUUAUGUGAUAUUACAGCUGUCGAUCUUAAUUUUGUAGACUAUAUGUCGGUACAAAUUAUUUUAUGUGCUAUAAUAGUAAAAUUCGGUCUAAACACCGUUUGUGCUUUUGCAAAUAUUGUGCAAUCGUUAUGUGUACUUCCAAUGAAAGUGCGUCAGGAAGUUUUACAGUUGUUGCAUCCACAGUUGUCAGCAGGUGAAGCCGAAACAUUGUUUAAAUGCGUGAAAAAGGUGAAACUGCGGAACAUAAUAAAUACUUCGAAAACGGACCAAGUUUAUGUGUUUGCACCACCCUACGAACACUGUCUUGCUUGUAAUUUGCCCUUAGUUAAGCACAAUGCCCCAGUAUAUGUCCAGUACCAUCAUCAUUACGGUACGAGUAAAGGAAUCAAAGUAUCUUUAAAGUGUAGUCGGUGCAAACAUUUUUAUGGUUAUUCGAAGUAUGGCAACCCAGAAUCUGGCUGGAAAUUAUAUCCUGAAGAAAGGUCGUCCGUAGAAGCAUCUGAUGUAUGUUUUGUUGAGAGGUCCCUACUAAAAUGGCAGAUAUCAUUAGCAAAUCAUAGUUGGGUGAGCUUUUCUGGAUUUUCUACUGCCUUUAAUGAAGUAUUUUUUGAUCAUCGUGGUUCGACAGACGAAGGGUUUAGCGAGAAACAAUGUGCUGCAGCUUUUUGGAAUGGUGAACUUGAAGAUGAGCUGAGAGAGAUUGGCAAGCUUGAUUUUUUUGGACUGAUGAAGAAAGAUGAGGAUCGCGAGAAAAUUAUGGAAGAAGUAGACAAGUAUAGAGCCAAAUCUGUAUAUAGACAUUCACCAGAAGAUUGUUCUGAUGAAUGCAAGGCUAGAGGCUGUGGAAGAUUAUGGGUGGUGGAUGGACAAUGGAAACUUAUGUUCGCACAUUGCAUGAUGCAAAGGAAGAUCUGA